CGCAGAGAGAGGCUCUUCGGCUAUCGUCACCGGAUAGAGAGGAGAGAAACAAGGGGAAGAGAGAAAUGUCACAACCUCUUUCUGCAGCAGCCAUUUUACUGGUUGCACUCUUCCAGAUUUUCGCCGGAUUCUGUCGGGCGGACGUCGGAACAGCUGCUUUCUACAAUCGCCCUUACGUCCCGACGGCCUGCUACGGGACGAGCGUGGUGCAGAUUCCGGCGAAUAACUUGUUUGCGGCAGUGGACGAUCGGAUCUGGGACAACGGUGCAGCGUGUGGGAGGGACUACUCGGUCAGGUGCCUGAGCGGUGCGACGCCCCCCAACCCUUGCUUGGCGGGUCAGACAGUGACGGUCAGGAUCGUCGACCGCGCGCCGCCUGUUUCGACGCCGUCGAGCGCGGGAACCACAUUCGUCCUCUCCAACGACGCCUUCUCCGUCAUCGCCAACUCCGCCCAUGCCAAGCAGAUCAACAUCGAGUUCUUACAGGUAUGAGAUGGAGGUGCUUGGUGUGACCGUAUGGUGCCGCGGUUUCUUUCAUCACAAUGUAAUAUUCAUGUAUCAAGAUAAAGGAAAUUAUACGUUCAUAAACA